CACGAGUUUUGCCAAUCAACACACAAUAGGGUGGACAAGUCUGUCAUAACGUCCAAAUCCUCCAAAAUGAAAAAGGAACCGUUUAGAAUACUGUAAUUCUAAACCAAAGCAGUAAUUCAUACAGAUCCACGGGUGGCGGUAAUCCAAUUCAGUAUGAAAAUCGCCGAAGAAGAAGAAGAAGAAAACGACGAAGAAGAAACGCGGAAGCUAACAAACAGCGACAAAUGAAAGUCAUUCAGUCCUUAUUCUUGCGCUUGUGUCACCUUUCUCGCUUUGAAUUGCUUUUAAAUGACUCCCCGUUGUAGUUUGGCUUUUAUAUAUAACAGGCAACAAAUACAUGCUGAGCUCGCCAAGAUAAUGAACACGUUUUAGUUGUCAAAAUUACCGCCUGGGAUAAGCACGAUGGAUCACGGGCAGCAACUGAGAAACUUGCGUGAUUUCCUUCUGGUUUACAACCGCAUGACGGAGAUCUGCUUCCAACGAUGCACCAGCAACUUCAACUACAGGAACCUCACCAUGGACGAGGAGCGCUGCGUUGACAGCUGCGCGGGGAAGCUGAUCCGCUCCAACCACCGCAUGAUGGGCACCUACGUGCAUCUGAUGCCCCGCAUGAUGCAGCGGCGGAUGGACGAGAUCGAGAGGAAGGCCGCAGAGAACGCCAAGGCGGCCGAAGCUGCCGCCGCGGGUUCCCUCGGACCAGAAACCUCUGCUACCGCGACGGCGACGCCUCUGGAGUUGCAGUCGCCAUCGCCGCAGUCGGAGACCGGUGACGUCAAUAUUUCACAAACUGAGACAUGAAUGCUCCACUGACAGAAAACUGUGUGGAAUGUAGAACUGUCUCAUCUGGAAGUCGGGCCUUCUCGAACGGCUGAACUUUAUUUGGGGUUAAUCAGACCCACUUUAAACGGUGGCAGGUGUUUGCUGAGUCACAUUUAACAUGAGUUUGAAUGUGAUUGGUUCAUUCUGAACACAGCCCCAUUCUGAGUUAUUAGAGGAUGUGCACACUUGUGGAACCACAUUAUCGCUGUCGUUUAUUUUUACUUCUGCUGUCUAAAAGAUCUUUUUCACACUUGAGUAGUACAGGUUAUAAGUCACAUUAAUGGUGGAAAAAGUUUUGAAAUGAUCUUGGCCUCAUUUUUAUAAAAUAAAAAUCUGACGUUUGAUUAGGGGUGUGUAGACAUUUUAUACCCACCUUAUACACAGUAAGUGCGAGUGGCUGUCCAUUAGUGAACAUGUAGCACAGCUUUCUUGUGCCCUUUCACUGCACAAGGUUUUUUUUUUUUUUUUUUCCUCGGAUGAGUCAUCCUGUCAGGUAGUUUUCAGGUUGGUUCUUUUUUCCCUUUCAUUUUUUAUAAUAGCUGUACGUACACAUGGCACUAAUACAAGGGGGGGGGUCGUCAGGAUAUGAGUCUCCCGAAAACAUGGAAUUUACAAGACGAAAAAUAAUAAAAAAUGCUGAUAAAUGGCACAAUAACUUGUUUGUUACGCCUUUCGCAUUAGACUUUCCUUGUGGUGUUAGAAUUUGGUGUAAAAUGUAAUGUGGGGGUGUCUAUUUUGUAUUUUUAUGGCUUAACCCUGCUGUUCUGUUGCAAAGUGAACCCUUAUAACGUUUACUAAUUCCCCCUAAAUAUACAUUUUUUUUAAUGUAAAA